GCAAUUGACCGCUAUGGACCUUGGAGAAGAUGUAGCCAGGACGACCACACUCCUCGAAAACAAUCCCAAGCUUCGACUGCCAUCUACGACCGAUCCUCCCGGCGAUGCGAACCCGCCUGUGCAAAAGACAUGGCUGAUAUUCGGUGCUACGGGCCAUAUCGGUCGGUCGCUCGUCAAGGCAGCGCUCAGCCAUGGCGACAAUGUGACAGCUGUGGGUAGGACGAUGGAGAAUAGCGUGGAGCAGAUGCAAGGCUGGCAUAAACGAUGUCUGGGUCUUUUGUGCGAUGUGAGAGUACGGAAUACAGUCGAGGACGUGAUACAGCAAAGUAUAAAGCGGUGGGGUAAGAUCGAUAUAAUUGUGAACUGCACCGGAUAUGGAGUCAUAGGAGCAUGCGAGGACCAGGACGACUCAGACCUACGCUCCCAAUUCGAGACGAACUUCAUGGGCACUCUCAAUAUUCUUCAGCUAUCCCUUCCGCAUCUGAGAGAGCAAGCGGCGAAGCGCAAACCGGAUGAGAAUGCCGGGCGAUACAUUAUCUUCUCCUCAACCUCCGGUGCACUCGGAGUUCCCGGUCUUGGACCCUACUGCGCGACCAAGUAUGCCACGGAAGGCUUGAUCGAGAGCAUGCUGUAUGAGAUCGAUGCGUUUGGUAUCAAAGCGACACUCGUUGAACCAGGCCACAUGCGUUUGGACGAACCUACCGGGUUGGACGACAAAGCUUCUGAUGGCGGUCUCACUAACGGGAACAGCGUCAAGAUCAAGAAAUAUGGACACUUUCUCGUCAAGACUCCUUCAGCACCAUAUAAUACUCCAACCGCACCAGCGAACCAUGCGAGGAGGAUUGUCCAGUGGCUAUCAGAUCGGCAGCCGACAAGCGCCGUCAAGUCUGCAGAAUUGGUCUGGCAACUGGGUCAUUGCAGGUUCCCGCCGUUGAGACUAUUACUUGGGACGUACGCCGUGGAAAGCGUGAGAGACCGACUACGGAGCGUGAUUGAAGAAAUCGAAGACUGGAAGCAUCUGCAUUUCCCCACUGGAGAGGACGAUGGCAAGGUCAAGGAGGAGAAGGCUGGCGACAACGAUGACGACAUGGAAGAUGCCAUGGAUCUUGGAGAAGACGGAGGCGCGGAAGUCAAGGACGAGGAGGAAGAGGGCUGA